UCCGGUAUUAGAAUCCCCUUCCCUUUCCGCCCACUACACAGCCCCAAAACCCUCCUCUCCUCUCCUCUCCAUUUCGCCGCGAUGGCCGCCGCCGCUGCCGCCACCCCCAACUCCCUCCUCCUCCACCGCCCGAGCCCCAAGGUGGCCGCGGCGGCCUCGUCGCUCCGUCUGACCCCCACGCGGGCCGCGAGGAUCGCCUGCGCGGCCGUGGCCACGCCCGCGCCGUCCUACCCGACCUCCGGCGCCGCAGACCGCGGGGUGUACAACUUCGCCGCGGGCCCCGCCACGCUGCCGCUCUCGGUGCUCCAGAAGGCGCAGGCGGAGCUCGUCGACUACAGGGGCUCUGGCAUGAGCAUCAUGGAGAUGAGCCACCGCGGGAAGGAGUUCGAUGCCGCGAUUAAGAAGGCCGAGGCCGAUCUCCGCGCGCUCCUCGCCGUGCCGGACACCCACGAGGUGCUCUUCCUCCAGGGCGGCGCCACCACCCAGUUCGCCGCCGUGCCGCUCAACCUCUGCGCGUCCCCCUCCGACCCCGCCGACUUCGUCGUCUCCGGGUCGUGGAGCGACAAGGCCUUCAAGGAGGCCAAGAAGUUCUCCGCCGCCUCCGUCGCCUGGUCCGGCAAGGACGGCAAGUACACCUCCCUCCCACCCUUCGACGCCAUCAAGCAGAACCCGGAGGCCAGGUUCCUCCACAUCUGCUCCAACGAGACCAUCCACGGCGUCGAGUUCAAGGACUACCCGGAGCCCCAGAACAAGUCGGGCCUCCUCGUCGCCGACAUGUCCUCCAACUUCUGCUCCAAGCCGGUCGACGUCUCCCGCUUCGGCGUCAUCUACGCCGGCGCGCAGAAGAACGUCGGCCCCUCCGGCGUCACCAUCGCCAUCGUCCGCAAGGACCUCAUCGGCAGCGCGCAACCCAUCACGCCGGUGAUGCUGGACUACAAGACGCACGCCGACAACGCAUCCCUGUACAACACCCCGCCCUGCUUCGCCAUCUACAUCUGCGGCCUCGUGUUCGAGGACCUGCUCGCGCAGGGGGGCCUCGCCGAGGUGGAGAAGAAGAACGCCCACAAGGCCGGCAUCCUGUACGACGCCAUUGACGCCAGCGGCGGGUACUACAUCUGCCCGGUGGAGAAGCCGGUGCGAUCACUGAUGAACGUGCCCUUCACACUCGCCAAAGGUGGAGACUUUGAGAAGCAGUUCAUCGCCGAGGCGGCCAAGGAGGGCAUGGUGCAGCUCAAGGGGCACAGGUCGGUCGGUGGCGUGCGCGCCUCCAUCUACAACGCCAUGCCGCUCGCCGGAGUGGAGAAGCUCGUCGCUUUUAUGAAGGAUUUCCAAGCCAGGAACCCUUGAUCGAUCGAAUUCAUCAUGGUUAUGGAUGGUAAUUCGAUACUGCCUUCAGUAAGGAAUGGUUCUGUUCUUCGUAACGGUCUAAGCGGUAAGGAAUGGUUCUGUUCUUCGUAACGGUCUAAGCGAUUCCGAUCCAUCUGUUGUACUGGUACUGGUAACUAUUUCGCGAUGCUGCUGCCUUUUUCAUGUGUUCAUGGGAUCUCAUUCCCAUUUUGUGCCAUUGAGUUUGAGACAUGUUAGUCUGGGAAUAAAGGUGGAUUCUUAGCUAUCUAGAGUGUAUGGUGCUGCCUCAUGAUUCAGUGCUUAUGUAACAAUGUACAAUUUCGGGCUCGGUUGCAAUUCCUCUCUCAAAGACAGAACAGUUUGGUUGGUUUUGAUGUUUGAUCAUUUAGAUUUGUCGAAAACUGUUGUUCAUUCGGUUUA